UUGCAGGUUCCGCGCACGGCCUGCUCUGCUGUCACUUUAGCAUCGCCCCGAGGCGUUUCCGCGCUCGCGCCCUCCCCGAGGGGCGGGGCUGGCCACUCCGGUACCCAGCGCUCGCGCGCGGGUGGCAGAGGUGACCCCCUGCACCGUGGGCAUCGCCGCGGGCUGUGCCAUGCCGGCACGAAGCCGCCGCGGUGGGAGACGGAGCGCCGCGCCGCGCCGGUGAGUGAACCCCGCGCCGCGGCCGCCUCGGGGGAGGCUGAGAGAGAAGAUGAAGGAGAUCUGCAGGAUCUGUGCCCGCGAGCUGUGCGGAAACCAGCGGCGCUGGAUCUUCCACACGACGUCCAAGCUCAACCUCCAGGUUCUGCUCUCGCACGUCCUCGGCAAGGAUGUCUCCCGCGACGGCAAAGCCGAGUUUGUUUGCAGCAAGUGUGCUUUCAUGCUUGAUCGGAUCUACCGCUUCGACACCGUCAUUGCCCGGAUCGAAGCCCUGUCCAUCGAGCGCUUGCAGAAGCUGUUGCUGGAGAAGGACCGCCUCAAGUUCUGCAUCGCCAGCCUGUAUCGCAAGAAUAACGAGGACUGGGGCGCGGAGACCAAGGCGGGGAACGGGACGGUUGACAUUUCCGGCUUACCCGACGUGAGGUACUCGGCGCUGCUCCAGGAAGACUUCGCCUAUUCGGGGUUUGAGUGUUGGGUGGACAACGAGGACCAGAUCCAGGAGCUACACAGCUGCCAUGGUUCGGAAGGCCCUGGACACCGACCCAGGAGAUGCCGUGGUUGUGCAACUUUGCGGGUUGCCGAUUCUGACUAUGAAGCCAUUUGCAAAGUGCCUCGCAAGGUGGCCAGAAGUAUCAUGUGCGGCCCUUCCUCCAGGUGGUCCACCAGCAUUUGCACUGAAGAACCAGCGUUGUCUGAGGUUGGGCCCCCGGACUUACCAAGCACCAAGGUCCCCCCCGAUGGAGAAAGCAUGGAGGAAGGGACACCGGGAUCCUCGGUGGAAUCUUUGGAUGCAAGUGUCCAGGCUAGCCCUCCACAGCAAAAGGAUGAGGAACCCGAGAGAAGUGCGAAGGAGCUUGUCAAGUGUGACUGCUGCUCAGAGGAGCAGGCUCCGCAGCAUACGUGUAACCACAAGCUGGAGCUAGCUCUUAGCAUGAUUAAAGGGCUUGAUUAUAAGCCCAUCCAGAGCCCCCGAGGGAGCAAGCUUCCUAUUCCCGUGAAAUCCAGCCCCCCUGGAGCCAGGCCUGGCCCUAGCGUGACAGAUGGCGUUAGUUCCGGUUUCCUUCACCGGUCUUUGAAACCCCUGUACAGCACACCUGUCAGUUACUCCCUGGAGAUUUCAGAGCUGCAGGAGCUGUGGGAUGAUCUCUGUGAAGAAUAUUUGCCACUCCGGGUCCAGCCCAUGACCGAAGAGUUAUUCAAACAACAAAAGCUGAAUUCAGAUGAGACCAUUAUAACUCAACAGUCGGUACCUGAGUCCCACAUGGCAGAACUCCAGGAAAAAAUCCAGCAAACAGAGGCUACCAACAAGAUUCUUCAAGAGAAACUGAAUGAAAUGAGCUGUGAACUAAAGUCUGCUCAGGAGUCAUCUCAGAAGCAAGAUGGUACAAUUCAAAGCCUCAAGGAAACUCUGAAAAGCAGGGAAAGUGAGACGGAGGAGUUAUACCAGGUGAUCGAAAGUCAAAAUGACACAAUGGCAAAGCUUCGAGAAAUGCUUCACCAAAGCCAGCUUGGACAGCUUCAUAGCUCAGAGGGUACUCCAGCUCAGCAACAAGUGGCUCUGUUUGACCUGCAGAGUGCUCUAUUCUGCAGCCAGCUGGAAAUACAGAAGCUCCAGAGGGCCGUCCGACAGAAAGAACGCCAGCUGGCUGACGCCAAACGGUGUGUGCAGUUUGUCGAGGCCGCGGCCCACGAGAGAGAACAGCAGAAAGAGGCUUCUUGGAAGCAUAACCAGGAAUUGCGGAAAGCCUUACAGCAGCUACAAGGAGAAUUACAGAGUAAGAGCCAACAACUCUGUACCCUGGAGGCUGAAAAAUACAAUGAGAUUCGAACCCAGGAGCAACACAUUCAGCAUCUAAACCAUAGUCUAAGUCACAAAGAACAUUUGCUUCAGGAAUUUAGGGAGCUCCUGCAAUAUCGAGAUAACUCGGACAAAACGUUUGAAGCAAAUGAAAUGUUGCUUGAGAAACUGCGGCAGCGAAUACAAGAUAGAGAUGCUGCGCUAGAGCGGGCUAUCGAUGAAAAGUUCUCCACUCUAGAAGAAAAAGACAAAGAGCUGCGGCAACUUCGUCUGGCCGUGAGAGAGCGAGAUCUUGACUUAGAGAGGCUGCGCGGUAUCCUCUCCUCUAAUGAAGCUACCAUGCAGAGUAUGGAGAGCCUCCUGAGGGCCAAGGGCCUGGAAGUGGAGCAGUUAUCUGCUACCUGUCAAAACCUCCAGUGGCUGAAAGAAGAAAUGGAAACCAAAUUCAGCCAUUGGCAGAAGGAACAAGAGAGUAUCAUUCAGCAGUUACAGACAUCUCUGCACGACAGGAACAAAGAAGUGGAGGAUGUUAGUGCAACCUUGCUCUGCAAACUCGGACCAGGGCAGAGUGAGAUCGCUGAGGAGCUGUGCCAGCGUCUACAGCGCAAGGAAAGGAUGCUGCAGGACCUUCUGAGUGACCGAAACAAACAAGCAGUGGAACACGAAAUGGAGAUUCAGGGCCUGCUUCAGUCUAUGAGCACCAGGGAGCGGCAGAGCCAGGCUGCUGCCGAGAAGAUGGUGCAAGCCCUAAUGGAAAGAAAUUCAGAACUGCAGGCCCUUCGCCAAUAUUUAGGAGGGAAAGACUUCACGGUGUCCCAAGCACUCAUUUCUAGCCAGCCGACCGGAGUGACCUCCAUCAGCCCCCGCCUCGGAGAGCAGACUGGUCAAGGUUCAGUGCACAUACCCUCCAGAGAUGAUAGAACUUCAUUGACUGCCAAAGGGGAUACCACCGUACCCAAGUCCCCAUUAGGAGACUUGGACACAGUUGCAGGGCUGGAAAAAGAACUGAGUAAUGCCAAAGAGGAACUUGAACUCAUGGCUAAAAAAGAAAGAGAAAGUCGGAUGGAACUUUCUGCUCUACAGUCCAUGAUGGCUGUGCAAGAGGAAGAGCUGCAGGUGCAGGCUGCUGAUAUGGAGUCCCUGACCAGGAACAUACAGAUUAAAGAAGACCUCAUAAAGGACCUGCAGAUGCAACUGGUUGAUCCUGAAGACAUACCAGCUAUGGACCGCCUGACUCAAGAAGUCUUACUUCUUCGGGAAAAAGUUGCUUUGGUAGAAUCACAGGGUCAGGAAGCUUCAGGAAACCGAAGACAACAACUGCUGCUGAUGCUGGAAGGACUAGUAGAUGAACGGAGUCGGCUCAAUGAGGCCUUACAAGCAGAGCGACAGCUCUAUAGCAGCCUGGUGAAGUUCCACGCCCAUCCCGACAGCUCUGACAGAGACCAGACUCUGCAGGUGGAACUGGAAGGGGCCCAGGUGUUACGCGGUCGGCUCGAAGAAAUUCUUGGAAGAAGCCUGGAGCGCUUAAGCAGGCUGGAGACCCUGGCCGCCAAUGGAGGUGCAGCUGCAGGGGAUGACACCGAGGAUGCGAGCACUGAGUUCACUGACAGCAUUGAGGAGGAGGCUGCACACAACAGCCACCAGCAACUCGUCAAAGUGGCUUUGGAGAAGAGUCUGGCAGCUGUGGAGAGCCAGAACAUGUCUCUCUGCCCUCCGUCCCCAACAGGAGGGGGCAGUAACAGGGGUCUUCAGGAGGAAAUGCUCCACCUGAGAGCUGAGGUCCACCAGCACCUCGAGGAGAAGAGGAAAGCCGAGGGGGAACUGAAGGAGCUGAAGGCUCAAAUCGAGGAAGCAGGAUUCUCCUCUGUGGCCCACAUCAGAAACACCAUGCUGAGCCUUUGCCUUGAGAACGCAGAGCUGAAAGAACAGAUGGGAGAAGCAAUGUCUGAUGGAUGGGAGAUGGAGGAGGACAAGGAGAAGGGCGAGGCGAUGGUGGAGACGGUCGUGGCCAAAGGGGGUCUGAAUGAGAAGAGCCUUCAGGCUGAGUUCAGAAAGCUCCAGGGAAAACUGAAGAAUGCCCACAACAUCAUCAACCUCCUCAAAGAACAGCUGGUGCUGAGCAGCAGGGAAGGUAAUAGUAAGCUGAGUCCAGAGCUCCUGGUGCACCUGGCCAGGGAGAUCGACAGAAUGAACACAGAGCCAGUGUGCUCUCCUGGGAAGCACCAAGGCCAAGAAGAGGAGGACGUGACCGGGAGGCCCCGCCCCAGACCCCAGAGCCUUGACCUUGGGGCUGCCCUUGCAGUGGAUGCCCACCAACUGGACGACCAGCCCCAAGCCCGUGACCCUGGGCCACCGUCGGAAUUGAGCCUCCCAAGACCCACCCAGCACCUGCGCUCCCAGCUGGCGCAGUGCAGGCAGCGCUAUCAGGAUCUGCAGGAGAAGCUGCUGGUAGCGGAAGCCACUGUGUCAGCCCAGGCCAGCCAGCUGGAGAAGUUCAGGCUCAUGCUCAGUGAAUCCUUGGUGAAGCAGGCCAGCAAGCAGGUUCAGGUGGACCUCCAGGACCUGGGGUACGAGACCUGUGGCCGGAGCGAGAAUGAGGCUGAGCGGGAGGAGAGCACCAGCCCAGAGUGCGAGGAGCAUGACAGCCCCAGGGAAACAGUCCUCAUGGAGGGGCUGUGCUCUCAGCAGGAGCGCCUGGGCCCGACCCUGGCCGGCCCCCUCAAGAGGAAGCCCUUGGAGAGCCAGCUGGGGAAGCAGGAGGAGUUCCAGGCAUAUGGAAAGUCCGAAGACAUCUCUGUCCUCCGGAAGGACAUCAAAGAUCUGAAGGCCCAGCUGCAGACCGCCCACAAGAUCAUUCAAAACCUCAAGAGCCGGGUCCGGUCUCUCUCCGUCACCAGCGACUACUCGUCCAGUCUGGAGAGACCCCGCAAGCUAAAGGCCGUUGGCACCCUCGAGGGAUCUUCGCCUCAUAGUGUCACUGACGAGGACGAGGGGUGGUUGUCCGAUGGCACUGGGGCUUUCUACCCCCCAGACCUUCAGGCUAAGAAGGACCUGGAGAGUCUGAUUCAGAGGGUGUCCCAGCUGGAGGCCCAGCUCCCGAAGUCCGGACUGGAAGGGAAGCUGGCCGAGGAGCUGAGAUCAGCCUCGUGGCCUGGGAAAUAUGAUUCCCUGAUUCAGGACCAGGCGCGAGAACUAUCCUACCUACGCCAGAAAAUACGAGAAGGGAGAGGCAUCUGUUAUCUCCUCACCCAGCAUGCAAAAGAUACAGUCAAGUCUUUUGAGGACCUCCUAAGGAGCAAUGACAUUGACUACUACCUGGGGCAGAGCUUCCGGGAGCAACUCGCCCAGGGAAGCCAGCUGACGGAGCGGCUCGCCAGCAAACUCAGCACCAAGGAUCAUAAAAGUGAGAAAGAUCGAGCUGGACUUGACCCGCUGGCCCUCAGCCUCCGCAGGGAGCUGCAGGAGAAGGAGAAAGUGAUUGAGGUCCUGCAGGCCAAGCUGGACGCCCGGUCCCUCUCGCCCUCCAGCAGCCGCGCCCUGUCCGACUCCCAGCGCUCACCCAGCAGCUCCUCCUUCCUGUCCGAGGAGCUGGAAGCCUGCUCCGACAUGGACGUAGCCAGCGAGGACACACACUAUGAAGAGAAGAAAGCUUCGCCUGGUCACCCAGAUUCCAUCCAUCACUCAAGUCAUUCUGCUGUACUGUCUGCUACACCAUCAUCUACCACUGCGCCUCAGGGGGUUAAGGCCGAGCCCAGCAGCAAUCCCAGCAGCCUGCCUGCUCCCCAGAACCCCCCGCAGGAGGCCACCCAGGCCCGUCCAGGCCUUCCUUUCUCCUCCAUACCCACGCGGGUUAGCCUCCCGCAGGCGCCAUUGCCCUCAGCUCCACCCAGCUUCCUGCCCUUCUGCCCCACUGGCCCUCCCCUCCUCGGCUGCUGUGAGAGGCCCGCGGUCUCCUUGGCCGAGGCUCAGCAGGAGCUGCAGAUGCUGCAGAAGCAGCUGGGAGAAAGUGUCAGCACCGUCCAUCCCGCCUCCCCGGCUACAUUGCUGAGCAGCCACUCAGACGCCAGCUCUUCCCACUUCCUCCACCCUGCCCAGCCCCACUCUCCUCCGAGGGGCGCCCUAGAACUGGGCGGGAUCCUGGAGCCCCGGUACCUGGGCAGCAGCGGCCAGUGGGAUAUGAUGAGGCCUCAGAAAGGGAGCGUAUCGGGGGACCUGUCCUCGGGCUCCUCCCUGUGCCAGCUGAACUCCAAACCCACAGGGGCUGACCUGCUAGAGGAGCACCUUGGCGAGAUCCGGAACCUGCGCCAGCGCCUGGAGGAGUCCAUCUGCAUUAACGACCGCCUGCGGGAGCAGCUGGAGCACCGGCUCAGCUCCACGGCCCGCGGAAGCGGAUCCACGUCUAACGUCUACAGUCAGGGUCUGGAGCCCACGGCUCAGCUGCACAGCGAGAACAGGGCCCUUCGAGAGGAGAACCGCAGCCUCCAGGCUCAGCUGAGUCACCUGUCGCGAGAGCACUCCCAGGAGGCGGAGUGCCUGCGGGAGGCGCUGCUGGCCUCGCGGUCCCGGCUGCAAGAGCUGGAAGCGGAGCUGGAGCACCAGAAGGUGGACCGGCAGCAGCUUUUGGGAGACUUGAAAGAGAAGCAGCAGGAGAUCUUGCAUUUCCAGGAGGAACGACUCUCCCUCCAGGAGAAGGACUCCAGGCUGCAGCACAAGCUGGCCCUCCUGCAGCAACAGUGCGAGGAGAAGCAGCAGCUCUUCCAGACCCUCCAGUCGGAGCUGCAGAUCUACGAGGCGCUUCACGGCAGCUCCAAGAAGGGGCCGCAAGCUCACACCUGGGAUGCCUGCCACCAGGUCCCUUUGAGCAGCGACCUGAGCCACCUGGUGGCCGAGAUCCGGGCCCUGAGAGGGCAGCUGGAGCAGAGCAUUCAGGUGAACAACAGCCUGCGGCUGCAGCUGGAGCAGCAGCUGGACCGCGGUGCCGGCAGAGCCAGCCCCGGCCCCUGCGGCAGCCACAGCUCGCCCGCCAGCACGGGCCCUGGGGACAAGCAGCCGCUCCUCCCAGAUGCAGUCGCCUCCCCUCCCGUUCGGGACGUCGGCAUGAACCCAGCCCUGGUCUUCCCGGGCUCUUUCACGGCUCCCGGUCCAGACACCGCCCUCCUCAGUAGGACUAAUGAUCUGGGUUUUGAUGGAGUGAAGAGCCCUCCCAAGCUGGAGGGCGAUGCUGCUGACGGCUGCUUCGCCAAUAAGCACGGCCGCCAUGUGGUCGGCCACAUCGACGACUACAGCGCCCUGAGCCAGCAGAUCGGGGAGGGCAGGCUGCUGGCCAGCAAGAUCGCGUCCGCCGUGAGAUCCGCCUGCAGCUGCCCUGGCCUCGAGGCUCGGGGCUCCGAGGUGCUGGGCAGCGAAGGCGUCCGUGAACUUCGCAGCAGCGCCAAUGCCCUAGGCCACGUGUUGGACGAGUCGGCCUCCCUCCUGACCAUGUUCUGGCGGGCGGCCUUGCCCAGCUCCCACGGCCCUGCGCUGCCUGGCAAAGCGGGAGAGUCCACGGCGAGGGAGCUCCUGGAGCUGAGAACCAAGCUUUCCAGGCAGGAGAGCCUCCUCCAGAGCACGGCCGAGCGCCUGAGGACCGCCAGCCGGCAGAAGGAGAGCCUGGAGCAGUUCAUCUUCAGUCAGCUGACCAGGACGCACGAUGUUUUGAAGAAGGCAAGGACUAAUCUGGAGGUGAAAUCGCUAAGGGCCUUGCCGUGCGCUCCCGCCUUGUGACCCUGGCCUCCCAGGAGCCAUGCAAGAAGCGAGGCCACCAGAGGUCCUUAAAGCCGCAGGAAGGAUGGGCCUGCCCCCGUUUCGAGCAGCUGCCGCUCU